GUGCCUUACCAAAACUGCCCAACGGCGGCACCGGUCGUCACCCAACGCGUGACGGUCGUACGGCCCAACAGCUCAUUACGACUGCAGCAGCAUGAUCUACACCAUCACUAAGGUGGUUGCUGUCAUCAUUCUCUCUGGCUUCGGUAGCGUCCUGCUUAUCACUGGUUUCACACUGUAUUCCGCCGAUGAUUUCUUCGAGACGAGUUCCACCGUUAUGCUUGUGUUUGGCGCUGGCCUGAUCUGUAUCGCCGUCAUCAUCUGCGUCAAAGGGAAGGACUGCUGUGGCAAUAACCCCGGUCGCGUCAUCCAGAGCAACACUGCCCCAGCGCAGGUGGUAACCCAGCCGAUCCAGGGGACAGUCCAGUACCCGGGGACCACGGGCUAUGUGGCGGUGACCUCGCAGACGUAUUCCCCCGGGGUGGGCGGCCAGGUGGCGGCGCCUGCGACUUACCCAGCUCAGGCCGGGGGUUUUGCCGCCAACUACACUUACUCGCCGGGGGAUGGCAAAGGUCCUCUGCCUGGGCACCCUCCCUCCGCAGCCGGGGCAUACCCACCCGGUGCAUACCCACCUGCUGUAUACCCACCUGGUCAAAAUCAGGGUGAUGCAUACCUACCUGGUCAGCAUCCACCUGGUUUAUACUCACCUGCUGUAUACCAACCUGGCGCUCCUCCAGCCGGUGGGUACCCUCCUGGUGCACCUCCUGCUGGUCCGUAUCAGCCAGGCGCACCUCCAGCAGGCGCAUACCCCCCCUCGAAUACCUCAGCCCCCCCGCAGCCCCAACCUCAAUGCCCCGAGUACCAGCCUCCUCCUCCGUUUGCUCCGUCAGAGAAGCCGCCUCCUUAUUCAUACUAAGAAUGGAUCAGCCUUUCCGACCGUGAGACAGCUCUCUUGAAGAGCCAGUCUCUCUCUCUCUCUCUCUCUCUCUCUCUCUCUCUCUCUCUCUCUCUCUCCUCUCCUC